AUGAUCUCAAAGUUUAUCAACUCCAAGGGUGAACCUAAUCUUUUUCAACAAAAAGUCCACAUCCAAACCAAAUCUGGGAAAACUGCCGAAAUCAACGUUGUCUUUCAGGUACGGUUACUUGAGUUUAUUUCUAUUAUCAUAGGACACAAAGCCGGAAGGAUCUCCGAUUGGAACACUAAUCGCGGUUCAUGGAGCUCCCGGAUCUCAUAAAGAUUUCAAAUAUCUGUGGCCAGUCUUGGACGAGAAAGGCGUCCGAGUUAUUGGAGUUAAUUGGCCUGGAAUGGGAUAUACCUCUUGUAAGCGAGUUAAUAUCAAGCAUCUUAUUUUAGAUGACGAGGCGUUAAAUGAUGAUAACGAUGAAAGAGUCCAACUGGUUCAGCAUCUUGUGGAAGAGCUCGGAUUGAAGAGUAAUACGGUAUUCAUGGGACAUUCAAGGGGAUCGGAGAAUGCUCUUAAAAUGGCUGCGCUUUAUAAGGUGGGAUAAUUGAUUGCGUGUCUAUUAAACUACAUUUUUGUCUUUGAGUACCGUAUUUUCAGGAUCAUUGUUCCGGCUGUGUUCUUGUUAAUCCAAUAACUCUCCGAGCCCACCGCGGAGUUCAACCUUAUCCUUUGGUAUGCUUUCUGGGAUGGAUUUGGAAGACGUUCACUCCCCUCCGAUUCAUCACCAACCCUUUUCUCCACUGGUGUAGGUCCAGAAUUGAGUAUAUUAUUGUUAGAUAAGAAUGAAAUUUUUUAUAUUACGAUGAUUGACAGAAUUUCUCUUUCCAGUCUACCAUAGCAUCCUUGGCCUUCGAUCCGUUGAUGGACAUGCUGCUGGCGUCUCGUUGCAUCUAAUGAACAAUGUGGAUUUUGGAGGACAGAUCAAAUAUAUUGAACAAGUGAAUCAGAGCAAUGUGAAGGUCCUCAAUUGCUCCAGUGGAAAGGAUUUCCUUAUUCAGCGAUCGCUGAAUGAAGAAUUUGGGUCCAAAUUUAAGGACGCUGAGAAUCUAGUGAGUCUUUACACCAUUUCCGUUUCAUUAAUUUAGGUCUGCACUUCCAAAGAUGAUGAUUCGGAAGUGGAUUCCCAGAUGAAGGCGGCUUUUGCCUCGGGCAAAACAAAGGUUAAUGUCUUCUUUACACCCGACGGUCAUUUCCUCCAAAAAACUCGCGCCAAAUUCCUCGCUGAUGGAGUGGUUCUGAUGCUGGAGAGUAACAACAAUCACAAGUGA